AUGUCGACCCAGCCGCUCCGUUUCGCCUCGCUCUCGCCCGCUCUCCCUUCGCUGCCUUCGCACGCCUCCCCCGAAGCGUGCGUGCUCGACGCCUUCAAGCUCGCCGUCGCCGAUCACCUCUCCAAAGAACUGGCCGUCCCUCUCGAGAAGGCUUAUGAGGGCGUAGAGACGGGUAGGACCGGCAAGGGGUCCUUGGGAGACUUGACCGUCGCUUUGCCCAGGUUCAGGCUGCCCGGGAAGCCGCAGACGGUGGCGGAGGCGUUGAAGGAGAAGGUGAGUUUCAGUUCGGGAUGUGUGCGAGUGGAAAGAGGCGGCGAUCUAAUUCGGACCGUGGGAUGCACAGUUCGUCCCCAACGACUACCUGGAGAGCGUGUCGGUCCAAGGCGCAUUCGUCACCUACCACGCCCACACCGCCAACUUUACCCGUCUCGUGUUGGAACAAAUCAACCGUCUGACCUACCUCGAACCGAUCGGAGCGCACGAACCACCGGCGUCUUUGCACGCGCUCGAUUUCACGCGGGAAGAACCGCCUCAAGGUGUGACGAGGUUCAAGGCCGGUGGUUACGGCAGCAACCUGUCCGGGUACGGCAAGCGGGUCGUGUUGGAUUUCUCCAGUCCGAAUAUCGCCAAACCUUUCCAUGCCGGUCAUUUGAGGUCCACCAUCAUCGGCGCUUUCUUGGCCAACCUCUACGAGGCGAACGGCUGGGAUGCGGUCAGGUUGAAUUAUUUGGGUGAUUGGGGCAAACAAUUCGGUCAGUUUGUGCGAGCGACCUCGUUUCCCGCUUUUCCUUGAGGAUAAACAUCUGAGCAUGGUACGCUUCCCUUUCAGGCAUCCUCGCCGUCGGUUUCGAAAAGUACGGUAGCGAAGAAGAGUUGCAAAAGGAUGCCAUCACGCACUUGUACGACGUCUACGUCAAGAUCAACGUCGACGGUUCCGCCAAGGACGAACAAGGCAACGAGACCGAGCAAGCCAAACUCGUCCACGAGCGCGCGCGCGAGUUCUUCGUCGGGAUGGAGUCCGGCGACGAAAAAGCUUUGGCGUUGUGGCGCAAGUUCAGGGAUCUGAGUAUCGUCAAGUACAAACAGACCUACGCGAGGCUCAAUAUCUACUUUGACAUUUACUCGGGUGAAUCCCAAGUCAGUGCGCAGUGUCAGACCCAUGCGCUGGACGUGUUGCAGCGAUUGGGCGUGGUGGAAGAGUCGCAAGGUGCGCUCGUGGUCGAUUUAGAACCGUACAAGAUGGGCAAGACAGUCGUGAGGAAAAAGGACGGCACGUCGGUCUACAUCACGCGUGAUAUCGGUGGAGCGGCUGAACGUUGGGAGAGGUACCGCAUGGACAAAUCCAUCUACGUCGUCGCCAGUCAACAGGAUCUGCACAACGCGCAGCUGUUCAAGGUACUCGAGUUGAUGAAGUACCCUUGGGCGAACCGUUUGCAACACGUCAACUUUGGGAUGGUCCUUGGGAUGUCGACCCGAAAGGGGACGGCCGUGUUCUUGGAUCAGAUCCUCAACGAGUCGAGGGACGUGAUGCACGAACAGAUGAAGAAGAACGAGGCCAAGUACAACGCCGUCGAUGAUCCGUUGGGCACGAGUGACAAGUUGGGCAUUACGGCGGUCAAGGUGCAGGAUAUGGCGGCCAAGAGGGUCAACAAUUACAAGUUCGAAUGGAGUCGUAUGACCUCGUUCGAGGGCGAUACCGGUUAGUCCUGAGUUGAGAACACGGUGCACGUAUGGAGAGUUGGGACCUGAUCGCUCCUUUUCGCCAGGCCCCUACCUGCAAUACGCCCACGUUCGUCUGUGCUCGGUCGAGCGCAAGAACGCGCCCGAGCUCGUGCUUCCCCCUCCCUCCGAACGUCCUACAGCGAUCAACACCUCUCUACUGACCGAGCCCAAAGCGCGGGAAAUCGUCGUGCUCAUCUCGACCUACCCGCACGUCGUCAAAGCGGCACUGAUCAACCACGAACCGGCGACGAUCGUCACCUUUGCGUUCAGGUUGUGUCAUGCGAUCUCGUCCGCUUGGGAGACCUUGCUCGUCAAAGGACAGGAGAGGGACGUCGCGUUGGCGAGGUUGUGGUUGUAUGUGACCGCCAAGGACGUGUUGGCGAGUGCGAUGAGGCUCUUGACCCUCGAACCGUUGGAGAAGAUGUGAGCGGUGCGGGCGCGCGAGUAAGACUGGGGUGAAAUUUUCAAUGCGGGUUUUUCAGUUGGUAGCCUUUACGAAAGCUCUCCUUGCAAGAGCAAAAAUCGACACGAAUGAAGCAAGGACUACCCCAGCCUCGCUCCGGCGCGGCAAUGAAAAUGCCUCGGCCUGCCCCGGCACGCGUCAUACGCUGUCGUACGCUGUCGUACGCGGGGCGAUCAACGUUCAACGUUGACUCGGGCAGUCAGUCGGCCAGCCUGGUUCCCGUCUCCGUCUCGCUCUCAUCAUCAAAGCCAAGUGCAAAUCGACACGACCUAGGAGUAGGACAGGAAUCGAGGUUUUCUGUGUGCUUCUUGUCUGUAUACGGACGCCGUUCUCUCUCUUCGACUGCAGUGAGACGCACGGAGAUUCUGGGCUGGCCCCCGAGUUCGUUUUGAUUCGUCGAAGUGGAACCACCGACGACCGGACGAGCAUACGUGUGGAGGGGGUGCCUAGCACCACAGGCAGGAUUGCGAUCUCUCGAGUUGCAAGACCAUACUCGGCCCCUCGGUGAGUUGCAUGCUGCUGUGUAAUCACUCAGUGUGUGUGAUCCCGGCCGGGUUUCGAACCCCGCCGAACGGGUGCCUGCCAGAGCCCGUGCACGUGCAGCCGUUGACGACCGGCGCCCUGUUACUGUCCGUGCGACGACGUCCACGUGUGCGCCACGGACACUAACCAGUUUCGUAUUGUAUUUUCCGCGAGCGCAGUCCUCCUCCCCACACGUCGACGUCCUGUUUCAACACACCCUCGUUCGCUGUCGGCUCGGCGUCCCCUCUCGGGUGAGCUGCGACCUUGCCUCGCCUCCUCUUCUUGAGGGGUUUCCCAUCAGGACAAGCCUCCCGUGUUCGGGGCUGACAUUCCAUGUGGCGCUUUCUGGUGGGUGCAGACGUGUUCAGGAUUGGCUCAUCGUUCGCCAACUCGCCCGUGUAACGCAACUAGCCGUGACUGGCCUGGUGGAGCAUCAAGUGGGGGACGAGUCGCCACGUCCGAUCCCAUCCCUCACGACCGACUCAACCCAUCACUCGGGCAACAAUUCAGUCAUGGCGACCACGACGACCAAGCCACCUCUUCGCCUCUCGGUCUCGCCGCACUGUCGCAGCGAUGCUUCCCCUUCCUCACCCGCGCGACGAACCCCCUCCUGGGGUUCAGCCGCCUCGGACGUCGGUCCCGUGCUCUCCAACUAUGGCGAACGAAACAUGACCCCCCUCCCUUCCCCUCAAGGACCCAGGGAAUGGACCGAUCCCACUGGACCGGGCGCCAGCGACGCUUGGAAUGGGAGACCGAGUGCAGGCAGCUUACGGCAUUCGAGAGCGAGGGCCGAUAGCGUUUUCGAGGAAAUGAGGGGAGCGUCGACCUUGUUCGAUACGUAUCAGAGUCCGAUCGGGCGAACUUCAAUGGACUCGCCGAGUGAUACGUUCACUCAGUUUCAACCCCCGAAUCAGAACUUGCAUCAUACACCACCUCAGCUUGACGCGUCGACCGGUCUUGAACCACCGACGAGUCCGACGAGUCCGACGAGUCCGACGAGUCGGAGCGAUUCAUCUUCGGCUGCUGCGACGACGACGACGACUGCACCGACGAGGAGCAAAACGCUCGAUUUCUUUGGUACCCACAACGACGUCGCUUCGCCAGUCUUGAGCCCACCACCUAAUCCACCUUCCCGGACCAGUUCCUUAAGACGAGAAACGAACAAUGCCGUUAAUCCCCACGUCGAUCCAGCGAAUCUCCUCUCCUCCCUCACCGUCGUGAGUGCGCUCACAGGUCGAGAUCGCGCCAGUUCAACUUCGAGCGUAGGCAGUUGGCUCGAUCGCGAGGACGCGGCGGCGAUGAUGACGAGUUUGAAAGCGACGCCUUCGGGCAGGUGGGCCGCGAGGGCGAGGUUGUCCGAGAUGGAGAACGGGCCUUUGACGGUGGGGAAUGCGGGGGACACGGUUGGGGGGAUGUUUGGUACGACAAGUGCGGGUGCGGGCACGAGUGGGUCGACGAAAUUGCUCUUUGACUCGACGUCUGGGACUUCAACGUCGUCGGUACCGAUACUGGCACGUGGAGAUGCGGACGGGGUCCGUCGAACGAACGGUAACAGUGAUGCUCUUGCCUCCCGAACACCGACGAGAAGCCACGAAGCUACAACAGCGAGGACAACACCUCCAUUGGCCGCAGCGAGUGCAUCAUCGACGACUCACGGCUCCACGUCGACGACGAUGCGCCAAGUGCCCAGUUCGUCGUCAACGCUCGAUUCGCAAAACGACGAAUCGGUACCUUUCAAACGAGGGGACAUGUUGGGCGAUUACGUCGUCGAGAGCAUAUUGGGCAAAGGCGCGUUUUCGAGGGUCGUCUUGGGACGAAGGAGAGGCGAGGGACCGAUGGCCGAGCCUUAUGCGCUCAAGAUCAUCUCGAAGAAGAGUUAUGAAGAUCAUCAGAGAAUGAGGAUCAGCGUUGUGAGGGAGGUCGAGGUGCUCAAGGUGAGAUCUUUCAGCCGGCCGCAGCAUUGCCUUUUUCGACGAGAAAGGGAAAACGCUGACCCUAGUUACCGCGAUCCCGCAGACGGUCCACCACCCUUCGUUGGUCUCGUUGUCGACGUCGUUCGCGACGCCUCUGUACACCGUGCUCGUGUUGGACUAUUGCGCAGGCGGAGAAUUGUUCGACUUUCUCGCUCUAUGGCACGAGUCACUCUUUGAAGGGCUUGCGAGGCGCAUCUUUGGCGAGUUAUGCGCCGCGGUCGGGUGGAUGCACCGCAUCGGUCUCGUGCAUCGCGAUAUCAAACUCGAGAACGUUCUGCUCGUCUCUAGACCGUUCCCUUCGCUCCAAACGGGAACGUCGCCCCAAGCGAUCCUGGAAUCGCUCCCUCGGCCGUUUGUCAAAUUGACCGAUUUCGGUCUCUCGCGCUUCAUCGACGUUCGAGCACCGACACUGACCACUCGAUGUGGCUCCGAAGCGUACGCGAGUCCCGAGCUGAUCAUGGGUAAACCUUAUGACGGGAGGAGGACGGACGCGUGGGCUUUAGGGGUCGUGCUUUACGCGUUGGUGACGGGGGUGUUGCCGUUCUUGGAAGAACGUGCGGUGGGGGGGACGGUCGGCGCGAUUGGAAGUGGAGGAGCAGGGUCGGACGAGGCGCGUAGAGCACGGAGAACGUAUUUGCUCAAAAUCGCCAAAGGGGAGUAUAGCUGGCCUCGAAUCGAGGGUCGAAAUGGAUUGAUAACUCCGCAAGUCAAGCACGUCGUCGCGAGGCUGUUGGUGCGCGAUCCCGGUAAACGCGCGGCGGUGGAGGACUUGUGGGAUUUGGAAUGGAUGAGAGGGGAGGGGAGGGCCGAGAGGGUGCAGGGUUUCGUGACGACGAGGGAAAGGACUGGUGAAGAGGAGGGGGUGGGGGUGGGGGUGGGGAUGGGGAUGGGGAUGGGGAUGGGGAUGGGGAUGGGCGGGGAGUAG